CCUACUCCCUGUCUCUGUGCUCUACCGUCAUGUCCGACAACGAGCAUGCAGCCUCGGAAACCAGGGCAUCGAGCGUCAAGACCGCCGCUGAUGUCGCGGCGCCCAGCUCCAAGAACCACGAGGCGUUGGGCGUGCCUCAGUAUCCAACUGAGCUGAAAGGAGGAGAGGGCGAGUCUGCCAUCCCUGAGGACAAGAAGGAGGAAGCACUAGAGAAUGAGGAAGACGACUGGGCACAUGACCCCGCCAAUCCUCGCAACUGGUCCUUCAAGAAGAAAUGGACAAUGACCGGCAUCGUCUCACUGUACACAUUCGUCACUCCCCUUGCCAGUUCCAUGAUGGCUCCUGGUCUGCCUGAGAUUGCAAUAAAAUACGACAUCACUAGUGCCACCGUCGUAGCAUUGACUCUGAGUAUCUUCCUGCUUACCUUCGCUCUCGGGCCGCUGUUAUGGGGCCCUCUAUCGGAAAUGUAUGGGCGCACAUGGAUAUACCAUGUCUGUAACCUCAUGUUCCUCUGCUUCAACGUCGGCUGUGGAUACUCCAAGAAUGUCGGGCAGCUGAUUGGAUUGCGAUUAUUAGCUGGGUUCGUGGGCAGUGCGCCGAUUGCCUGUGGAGGUGGCACCGUCAGCGACCUCUUCUCCGAACGGGAUCGCGCAUCCGCUAUGGCCGUCUUCUCGCUCGGCCCGCUCAUCGGACCAGUCGUCGGGCCCAUAGCGGGCGGCUUUAUCACAGAGACAAUUGGCAUCAAAUGGAUCUUCAUCGUUAUUGCCGCGCUGUGCGCCGUCGCCGCGGUCAUUGGCAUUCCCUUAUUGCGCGAGACAUACGCCCCAGUUAUCCGCCUGCGCCUCGCGGAGCAAUCCGGGGACCCGGAGAAGGCGGCGAAGGCACACCCGCAUCUGCUCAAGGAGCACGGCAGCGCAGCACACCGCGUCUGGGUAGACAUUAGUCGGCCGUUCAUUUUGCUCACGCGCAGCUACGUCUGCUUCUUACUCAGCUUGUACAUGGCCUUGAUAUACGGGAUCUACUAUUUGAUGUUCACGACCUUCCCUCAGCUCUUCACGGAUAUCUACCACUUCAGCACUGGCAUCAGUGGUCUGGCCUACAUCGGGCUUGGGCUGGGCUUCAUGUCGGCUACCGUUGUCGGAGCUGGUGUCGCCGAUACCGUAUAUAAGAAGCUCGCGGAGCGUAACGGCGGCGUAGGCAAGCCCGAAAUGCGUAUUCCCGCACUCAUUCUGGGCUCGUUGUUCGUGCCCAUCGGGCUGUUCUGGUACGGCUGGUCAGCACAGGCGCAGGUCCACUGGAUUAUGCCCAUCAUCGGUACAGCCAUUUUCGGUUUCGGAAUGAUGACCAGUUUCCUACCCAUCCAGCUAUACCUAGUAGACACAUUCCAAUAUGCUGCAAGUGCAUUGGCCGCGGCUUCCGUUUUUCGUUCCAUGCUUGGUUUCGCAUUUCCUCUAUUCGGCCAGCAGAUGUUCGACGCGUUGGGCUUCGGCGGUGGGAAUUCGCUCCUCGCUGGCCUCGGGAUCGUGAUCGGCAUCCCGUUCCCCAUCUGGCUGUACUUUGCGGGAGAGCGCGUACGCGCGAACAGUUCCCUCACUCGCCAUUGA